CGGAAGAGUACCAUAAAAGGUUGGCCAUAAGAAUGAAUGAAAUAGAGAAAAAAGAGAGGAUUACAAAUAAGGGAAGAAAAAAUCGAAACCUGACCCUGAGUGUCGAGCUUGAGGGGGAGAAUUCCUUUUCAGCCAUGGAGCUGAUGAGAUGUGUGCGGGAGCUGUGCGGAGGACUGGUGGCGUGCCGCUUCAUCGGAGCCGGGAAGUACGAAGUGACGAUGAGCCAUCCGAAAGGGAAGGAGAGACUGCUGGAGGGCUUCAAGAUGGGCGAGACGAGGGUCCAUGCUCGGGAGCUGUGUAACGAUGAGCUGGUGGUGUCCUUCCUCAACCUGCCUUUCUACACUGACGACGGGGAGAUCCUCGAGAAGCUCCACGGCUGGGGAGUAUCGGCUGUUUCCCCGAUUAAAAGGCGGAUGUGGCCGGGCACAAAGAUUGCUGAUGGUACCAGAUUCCUCAAGAAAGAGAGAUGUCAACACAAGCAGGUGAGUUUCAGGAGGAUUUUAAAUCAAUAUACCGCGUUAUACCAGAGGAUUAUACACAUUCACACACUUCUCGAAAAUCGGACUUUCCAUAAACGCCGCACCGUCGCCCUCGACGCGUCAUCGCAGUGCGACUGUUUACAGCGAGCCGAGCACCCGCUCCGCCUCGGCUCCGCAGACCGGCUCCGUCCCGCCGUCGUCCCGUAG